ACAAAGAGGCUGUGUAAAAAUCUUGUAACCUUUUACAAAUACAUAAGAUAAGUUACUUGGUUUCUAAAAUUAUUGUUAAAAUUUUGAGGGCUUUACACUACCGGUAUCACCAAGUAUAUAUUCAUUGUUUCUCUAAUCUCUACUACUAUUAUGUGAGCAUAAAUACAAAACUCAAGCAAAAAUACCCAUAUUUGGUAGUGGAAUAUUAUUAUUCUUUGGAUAGAAAAUGGGAUCAAAGAGGGAUUCACCGGUGAAUGUUAUGUUUGGAUGGCUGAGGAAAAGAUCAAUGAAAGUGAAGAUCUUUUUGGGAAUAUUGCUUGCUUUUUGUGCUAUUGUGGUUCUAAAGCAUACUAUCAGAGAGCCAAAUUUUUUCUUCAAAGCCUCUGAAACAGUCCAUAUUAUUGGCCUUAUUGUCCUCAUAUACAAGCUUUAUGUUCACAAGAGUUGUUCUGGUAUAUCCCUCAAGAGCCAAGAGCUUACAGCUUUAUUUCUAGCAACAAGAUUAGUGGGUAGAGCCUACAUAAUGGCAAACCUCCACAGUGUGUUGGAUCUUAUACUUCUCCUAUCAACAUUACUGGUUAUUUGGAUGAUAAGAUUCAAGCUGAAAUCAUCCUAUAUCAAGGAGUUUGACAACAUGUGGUUAUCAUUGUUGGUCGCAUUUUGUGCAAUUUUGGCAAUAAUAAUCCACCCACUCUUUACACAUCAUAGUUGGAUUGCUCGAGUUUUUUGGGUGUUCCCUACAUAUUUGGAAACUAUUUCAAUUCUUCCCCAACUUCGUUAUAUGCAAAAUGCAAAGAUCGUUGAAACAUUCACAGGAUAUUAUGUAUUUGCUCUUGGUGUCUCAAGAUUUCUCUCAUUGGCUUUUUGGAUUAUUCAUACUUAUGAUACUCGAGGGAAAUAUCUCUUUUUUUUCGGCCAUGGCUAUUUCUGGAUGCUAUCUCUUUUUUUAUCGGAGAUAAUUCAGUCUUUCAUCUUGGCAGACUUUUGUUACUAUUACAUCAAGAGCUUCAUGCAAGGGAAACUUUUGAGAAAGAUGCCUGUUUAAGGAUCGUGUUUUGGAUUACAAUGUAUUGAAGAAGAGUUUACAAUUGUAACUUCGUUUAUGAAUUUAUAUAUCAUAAUACUUAAAGGUGAUAUAUAAACAUUUUCUAUUUUCUCCAUUUAAUAUAUAUUUAUUCUAUACAUGUAUAAUUAUAAAUAUUUAAAAUGUUUUUUUAUGUUCCCAUGAACUUAUGCAAGGGCCAGAGCUCAAACCUUAGACACCCUA